AUGAGGUCAACACUGACCUUUAGGGUCCUUUCCCACCUUAUCAUAUUCUCAACUCUACUCACCCCUUCCCUCUCCUUCGACAGCGCAUCCUGGUCAAGUUCUAGCGCCAACAGACCCGAUUCCACGCGUACUUCCAACGCAGGCCCUCUCACGACAGUCUUCACCCCGCCUGCUUCUUGCUUUACCCCACACACCAGCGCAUACUAUGGUAUGCCAUAUUUGAUACAGGGUGUUGAUGGACCGAAUGGUGAUGACUGUGUGCCGGAAGGUUGGAAGUUCGAUCGCUAUUAUAGUCCCGGCCAAUGUCCGUCAGGUUAUAAGGCUUUGGCUUCGACUACAACUGCUUGGGCUGCAACGGCUUCGGCUAUUCAGAUUCGAUUCCAGGCUAGUGAUUCCUCGGUUGUUCCUGUUCCGACGGAAUCUUUUAAAUUGCCCAUGCCUAAGAAGGAGCUCAGUACCGGAGAGAAGGCGGGUAUUGGUAUUGGUGCUGCGGCGGGUGUUAUUUUGCUUGGUCUUGGGGGGGUUCUUUGGGUGGAGGUUUUGGAAGAAAAGAAGAUUGUCUAA